UGAUGCUGCGAGUUUAGAGUAAACGAACGGAGGACUAAUAUUCACAUCAUUACUAUCAUCACUUUCUGCUCACUGGGAUACGUUCAGGAUGACAUUUAUCCUCUGCAACGCCUGUCUCAUCUUGCCUGUUGCCCUAUAUUUGCUUCUUGUGCCCAGUCCAUGUUCUUCUGCAGUCACUAGGAGGUGUGGCUCCAUCUAUAAAGGAUUUGCCCAGUGUCUGCUCACCCUGGGAGACAGUCUUUCUGUCAGUGCCCAAAAAGAUGAGGAUAUGCAGGAGAUUGACUCUAUUUGCAAAUCCUGGGAUGAUUUUCAUGACUGUGCAAAUGUGGCCAUGGCUGGAUGCCCAGACGAGGCUGCUGCAGUGUGGGAGUCUCUGAGACAAGAGUCCAAAAAGAUGCAAUUUUCUGGAAACCUGUAUGAGAUGUGCUCCAGUCGUAGCCAAUCGGCAGAAUCGGCCUCUGAUUCCCAAAGCCCAGAUGAGACCAAUCAGGAAUCGCUAAAGGGACGUGCCAGUCCCUUUAAAAGUGUGACUCUGUACACUUUUCUGGCCUUUUCUUUGCCUGUACUAAUGUUUCCAUGGAUAUAAUCACAUCUAUCUACUUUCUCAACAAGACUCACCUUAGAAUUCAAAUGUGCAGAACAUUGAUGGAGAUAUUGACUGGUAUUGUUCUGACAUUUCCAUAAAGAUCUCAUCAAUACUAAGAUUCAUUCCAUGCUUCAAAUCAAACUUUUCAAAGCAAAAAAAAUUUAAUUUUCACACAGCGGACAUUACGCAUGUUUUUAGGUGCAUAAGCUUACACUCAAGUAAAAAAAUUAUCUAAAAAUGACUAAAUACAUUUUAAGUACAAGCAGGGCAAAAUUCAAAUUGAAGAAACUGAAUUCAUUAGGAGGACCAAAAUGCAGCUUCAGGCCUGAUGAGGACAAAUCAAAGAGCUGAAAAUGCAGAAAGACGUUUAAAAAAACAUUCAAAGCCCUUCAUCUAAGAGGAUAUUAAAUGAGAAUACUACAGUAGAGUACCACUUGGUGAGCUAUGAGUAUAAAAACAAUGUAAAGAGCCCACAACAAAUGUUAUUAUUUCACUCUGUAGUGUAGCCCCCUGAGAGGAUUAAGUUUAAGGAUUACUCCAAAUCAAAGUAAAUCUAAGCAACAUAGCUCACCUACAGGCUUUUCUUGGGAAAAACUUGUCAGACUUUGUAGCAUGUAGUCUGAAUGAUGGUUUAAAACCUCAAUUUCUUAAUGACAUGUUCGUUAAUUCAGGUUAAAGGAAUAAUUCACCCAAAAUUAAUCAUUUAUCGAAAUAAAUAAUUAAUCAUCAUUUACUCCUCUUCAUGCUGUUCCAAACCUGUUUGACUUUUUCUCUAUUACACAAUAUUUAGCAGAAUGUUCAAAGAAAGAAAUGCAUGUAAUUUGGGAAUGACAUUAGAGUGGGUCAAUUCUGAGAGAAUUUUAAUUUGUGGGUGAACUUUAUCAUUUAACACAAUAGCACAGCAUUAUGCUUAAAGGUGUAUUCUUACUAGUCUGUAUCAGCAUGGAACUGGUAUUCAUUUGAUGUUGGUCUAUGUAUAUAUUGUAUAAUCUUACAUUAUACAUUCCACAUAGCUACUUUAUUUUUUUUCUCCAAAUAUAAUAUGUUUGUAUUCACACACAAAAAACAUAAAGGGUAUGAUAGUUCACCCCAAAAAAUUUAAAUUAUCUUAUUAUUUACUCACCCUCAUGAUAUCCCAGGUGUGUAUGACUUUCUUUCUUCACCAGAACAAAUUUGAAGAAAAAUAGAAAAAUAUCUUAUCUCAAUAGGUCCUUAAAAUGCAAGUGAAUGGAGAUUUCACUUGUGAAGCUCCAAGUGGAGAACGUGAGAUUACUUCGGAGAUUACAACGUGAAUAAGUCACACGAGAAACCACUAGGACUCCACCCUCUCGUGGAGGGUGGAGUCAGCAUAAAUCAAUCACAUUUAUGCUGACUGUCUGUGAUGUUGGAGCUUUCAUAUUUUUUGGAGCUAGAUAUUUUCUAUUUUUCUUAAAAUGUGUUCUGGUGAAGAAAGAAAGUCAUACAUUCAUUUUUGGGUGAACUAUCCCUUUAAACUUGAGGAAACAAAUCACAACAUGAUAAUAUACUGCAGUUAUGAUAAAUUGCAGUAUAUAUUGUAAACAGGACCAAUAUGCUUUAAAGAAGAGCCUGUUUGAUAGGUCUAAAUAAUAUACAGAUUAUCAUUAAUUGAGUAAUGAAUAGAUGAGAAAAAUCAUUAUAUCUAAUGAGAUCAAAUUGUGAAUGAAUAUUGCCAAAAAUACAAGCAUACUGUAUUUCUGUGGACGCAUGAUUUUGCGUAUUUAGCAAAUGUGCUGUAGCAGAUGUUUAAAGGAUCAGCUUUCAUUACCUCCACACUCAAUGCUGGCUCUGCCCUGCUCAGCAGAUUUCUCAAUCAAUGUUAUUUAUGUUUAAUUUUUAGAUGUAAUUGGCAAUCAGUCACGUUUGUAAAUGCAGUCAACUUAUUAAGGAAGGCAAAAGCCAUUUAUUUAGCCAAAAAAAAAACAAUACAUUAAUGGGGAAAAUUGCCACUUAUGUCUCAAAAUUCGUUUUUGUGUGGAAGUAGUGUUUACUUGAGAUAUUAUUUAUAAAUUGCACAUGAAAGUGCUUAACACAGCUAAACUGAAUGAUCAAAGGCUGACUAUCAAUGCUGUGACUCAUGCUUUUCUUUUCAAUUCCACUAUUGUCAUCACCAAUGAAUGUAAUAGAAUCUUAUUAAACUGUAGGAUCAAAGUCUAAAUAAUAUAGUAAGGGCUAAUAUUUACAGACUUAAGUGUACAUAACUCCUUACAAAAUAGUGCUAAUUAAUUUAUUUAUAAAUGUGCAUAUUUAAUGAUAUAUGAAGACAGUUGCAAUUUGCUUGAAAGGUACAUUAUUACAAAUGCAUGUAAAAUACAUUUUAUAUCAAUAACUGUGCUUCUUUUAUUUUGAUAUAUUAUUAUAUAUUGCUGAUCAUUUUCAAGCCCUUACAUUGGUGCCCUGGUCACUAGAAACAAUUUGAAGAUUGCUUAAUUGUCUUUUUAAAGGUGCAAUAUGUAACAAUUUUCAUGUAAAUGUUUUUUUUUUUUUGCCAAUGUGUGAACGGCUUGUAACUUAAAAAAUAAGGCCUUCCUGGACAUCCGAGGUUGCCUAUUCAAACCUGGUGUGCGCGAGCACGAGCAACAGGUAGCUUGCUGCAGUUCACUUAACGGCCACUAGUGUCAUUAAUAACACAGGUUUCUGAAUCUUACAUAUGCACCUUCAAGUCACAUUGCUGAAUGCAAUUCGUGGGGAUUGUCUAAGUGAAAACUGUUAUUUGCUUUUUAAUGCUUAUUGUUUGUCAUUUUUUUCUCAUCAUGAAACAUGUCUGUCUGCAAAACAAUUACUAUACUAUAUGUAUACUAUAUAUAAUAUACUAUACAUUGUAAAUAAAUGGUGCUGGUCAACACAGUUAACAAUGACUGGGAUUGUGCCCUGGUUUAUGCCCAUAAAACUGUUUAUUUUUUUUCACCUUUUACAACUAUAUAUGGUCUCUAGCAGAAUGUGUAUAAAUUUCGCACUCUUACAUUUAAUAUUUUUUUAUUCCUCUACCUCCUCUAGAAAUUAAUAUUUCAUGCUUCACAGAUGUCUCUGUAAACACAGACCCACCUUCAGUUAGCAAGACAUAGAUUACCUCCCAGCAAAGCUGAAUCCUGCUCAGAACACACCAUUGAAUGGAGAAACCCUCCAUUAUUGGGAUGAGCCUGGUUGUUCAACUCCAAUUAUUUUUAUGUUAGGGCAUUUGUAAGUCUUUGUAAAUGCACUGAUGCAUUUUUGCCAAACGGAUGCACAUUACUAUAUGUAUCGUUACUCUAGAAAUCAUGGAUUCUAAUAAUUUGUGCAAAAAAAUUGAAAUUAUAUCUUUUAAAAGUCUGUGCAUUUAGCUUGUUGACAAAGUUUGGCCACUUUGUCUUGUAGCAUAAGGCAGCUAGAAUACUUAUUGAUGUUGUCAGUGUCAUGUAUGCUUUUCUGAUUAUAUACUGUAUACUCUGACAGUAAACCAGUAACAGUUUAAAGAGGAA